AUGAGCAAAUUUUCCAUUUUAAAUGCUAGCAACACUUUGAAGGGCGACACCCUCGAGGACAGCAGCAAUUGGACAUCAGUAACCCAGUUUACCCAACCGGGAUGGCAAAUUGCUUUGUGGGCUAUCUCCUAUUCCUUCAUCGUUAUCACAUCCAUCAUCGGCAACAUCACCGUCAUCUGGAUUAUCCUUGCGCACAGGAGAAUGAGGACUGCCACCAAUUACUUUAUCGUUAAUUUGGCUCUUUCAGAUUUGCUGAUGUCUGCUUUCAAUACCAUCUUCAAUUUUAUUUAUGCCAGUCACAAUGUCUGGUAUUUUGGCGAGGAAUUCUGCAGGUUUCAGAACUGGUUCCCCAUCACCGCAAUGUUUGUCAGCAUUUACUCCAUGACAGCCGUGGCUGCAGAGAGGUACAUGGCAAUAAUUCAUCCCUUCAAGCCCAGGCUGUCUGCUGGAAGCACCAGAGUCAUCAUAGGGAUAAUCUGGCUGGUGGCUUUUGGGCUUGCCUUCCCCCAGUGCUUUUACGCCGAGAUCACGUUGGACAAUGGAACCACAAAAUGCAUCGUCGUCUGGCCCGAUGAUGUCGGAUCCAAGCACCAGCUCACGUAUCACAUUGCCGUGAUCGUGUUGAUUUAUUUACUGCCUCUAAUGGUGAUGUUUGUUGCAUAUAGCAUUAUAGGAAUUACUCUGUGGAGCAGUGCGGUUCCAGGCAACCACCUUAACAGAGUCCGCUACGAACACCAAGUUAACGCCAAAAAAAAGUUUGUGAAGACCAUGGUGGUAGUCGUGAUCAUUUUUGCUGUCUGCUGGCUGCCCUAUCACAUAUACUUCAUCCUGGGGAGCUUCAAGGAAGACAUCUAUCAGCAGAAGUACAUUCAGCAGGUUUAUCUCGCAAUCUUUCUGCUUGCCAUGAGUUCGACGAUGUACAACCCCAUCAUAUACUGCUGUCUUAACCAAAGGUUUCGUUCUGGCUUCAAAUUAGCCUUCCGGUGGUGUCCAUGCAUAAAAGCAACUGAGAAAGACAAACUUAAACUUACGUCCCCAUCUAUUUACCAGACAACCCACAGGAAGUCCAGAACAAGAAGUUUCAACACAGAAACUCAAUUGAAUGAGAAAGAGAAGACAUCGUUUACCCUCACCCAGCUAACGCUUUGA